AUGUCAGUGAGUGAGGAACAGUACGGCGACAUGUUGUUGACAGAACCGAUUUCACCAAGUUCUAGUGACACCAGGUCUCCACCAGCUUAUGGAAGUAUUGCCGACGGUAGUUAUCUGAACUCGGUGGAUAACAGAAACGAGCAGCAGGAAGUGCAGGCUUUUGCUUCAGUGAAGAAUACGCAAAUGUCUGGAGCGCAAUUCAAAUUUGACGAAAAUCAAAUGUUCCAGUCAAUGGAUAAUCUCCACCUCACGAGAUGGAACGAAAAAAACGAAGAAAACAACUUCGCUUACGACCAAAACAACCAAGUUAUGCUAAAUUAUGAGAGACCCUACUUCAGCGUUCAGCUUCCCUUCGAAGUCACACCACCAUCUGAGGGAGGAGCUGUUACAAUUACUAAAGAUGUUGACAAGAGUCCACGAUCAAUCCCAAGUCCAAAGAUAUCCACUAAUACGAUCGCACCAAAGAGAGCCCGUACGGCAUACACUUCUUCUCAACUUAUCGAGUUAGAGAAGGAAUUCAACAGCAGCAAAUACCUUUGUCGCCCGAGAAGAAUACACCUAGCUAACAUUCUGAAUCUCAGUGAAAGGCAAAUCAAAAUCUGGUUCCAAAACAGAAGAAUGAAGCACAAGAAGGAUCAGAAGAGUAAAUCUGGUUCCCCCGAUCAUAGAACAUCACCACUUAUUUCUUCGUCUUCCACCAAUUCCAGUCCUGGUUCCAGAUCUAGACUUCAGGUUAAAUCGGAUGAAUCCGCUAUAGAGCGCUUGUUGAACCACUCGAUUUCUUCACAAAAUCAGUACAUGCCUCAAACACUACCGAAUUACAGCUCUCCUCAGUACUGCUCCCAGUGGGAUCGUGAAAGAUCAAACUACACCAACCAAUACUUAUCCAACUGCGGAUCCAACAUGUAUAUUGAGGCUGACUCUGGUAUUCCUACAAUAAUAUUAACUAUUAUCCAGUUAAUAAUUAUGACCAGUACAGCGAGGAAGCUGCCAGGCCAUUGUAUCAGCCAUAUUUAAAUAUCAAGAAAGAGGGAUCUGGCGAAGAAGUCGAGCAUGAGGUAUACGCACAGAGAGAUUUCGCAACUGGUCCUUCCGUCAAUGUCCAGUGGGAACAACAUGGCCAGUGCUUGGGAAAUAUAAGUCCUCAUGACAACUUGACUCCAUUGUAAUUGGUGUAGGAAAUGAUAUUGGUUAAUUAAAAUAUUGGGUUUCGGUUUAAAAUUUCUCUUCAAUCAUCAAAGCUAAGUAAAUCAUAUAAAGUACAUAUUUGUUUGAUUUUCAUUU